CGGACACAUUUGACGGUGACACAAGUUUGUAAGACGAAGGGAAAGCGUCCGUCCCGGUUGUCUGCUUCUUAUUCUUCUGUAGGAAGUGUUGUUCCGACCGUUCAUUCCUCACCAAAACCAAACCGAGGCAGAGUGUGAGUUUAAGCCAUGGCUGGACCUGUAAGUCUGGAGUUGGAUCCCAUCUUCUUAAAGGGAUUGAGCUACUUGCACUCCAAGAGUAAAGACUCUGCCGAGAAACUCAAAGCUUUACUAGAUGAGUCCCUUUCAAGAGGAAGUGACUCAUCUUACCGUUUGUUACAAAAAGAUAUAGAGGUAUCCAAAGGGUCUGUGCCAAAACUGAGCUUAAGUAAACAGGACUCCAAGUCCUCCUCAAGUUCCUCAUCCUCCAGCAGCAGCAGUGGCAGCAGCAAAUCCAGCUCUGAAAAGAGCAAGAAAGAGGCAGAGAAGAGACCCUCUGAGAAGCCCUAUAUUGCAGAGCUGAAUUCUCAGGCAAGAAAGGAUAAGCAGAUGCAAAAAGUUCAGCAGGUCCGGGUUGAUUUGGGUGAGGUGGACCCUCCAAAAAAGCCUCGUUUGGAGAAACAGGAGAAUCGUUCUUCUCCAAUUACCGUUCAGACGAGCAAAGACCUUCUGCCCAAUAUAAACGACUACGAUGAGACCAAUGCUGAUGACUUUGCAAUGGAAAUGGGCCUGGCUUGUGUGGUUUGCAGACAAAUGACAGUGAGCAUGGGAAACCAGUUGGUUGAGUGCCAGGAGUGCCAUAAUCUGUACCACCAGGACUGUCACAAGCCCCAAGUGACAGACAAAGAAGUCAAUGAUCCACGGCUGGUGUGGUAUUGUGCCCGCUGCACCCGACAAAUGAAACGCAUGGCCCAGAAACCUCCUCAGAAGCCAUCCCCUGCAUCCGCAUCAUCGGCGCCAGUUGUAAAAGACACACUGGUGAAAAAGACAGAGCUUAAGGCCAAGCCUGACACAACCAGCACCUUCCAAGCCUUCAAAAGAACAGAAGUGAAGGCAUCCACAACAUCAGCCAAUCCCACCAGCAGCAGCUCCUCCUCCUCAGGCAGUGGUCUUACAGGCUGGGCUGCAUUUGGCGCCAAGACAAACCCAUCUCUUCCUGCCAGCUCCAAGCUAGGUUCCUCAGGCCCAAGUGGGAGCCACAAGACCCUGACAACUCCCUCUGGCCAGAAGCCCGUCGGGCUGUCCGGGCUCGCAGGAGCCAAGUCGGGACUUGGGGGUGCAAAGAUACCAGGGAGCGGCAACGGAAACGGCUCUAGCCAGGCGCCUCUGAAACCUCCUCCACCCCUGACUCUGGGUAAGCAGCCACUGAACCGUUCAUCGAGCGGUGAAAGCCAAGGUAAAGGGUCUGCCUCAUCGGGGGGCGGCUCCCCGAGCGGCUCCCAGGCAAGCGCAGGAGGCAACGGCAAUAACGGCAACGGGAACAAUGGGAAUGGGUCAAAGGCUGCACCAGGGGACAAAGCACCAACAUCCCAAGAGUCCCAGCUUAACGCCAUGAAACGAUUACAACUGGUUAAGAAGAAAGCUGCGCAGAAGAAACUGAAGAAAUGAAUAGAGGGAAACGCAGAGAGGGAGGAGGAGGUGUGAGGGAGUAGAAAAUAAACACUUAACCCAUAUGGAAUUAGUGCCAGAGGAUUAUGUUUGUAUUACAAGAGCAUCUGUACAUGAGUAACACCAUCCAGUCAAAUACUUGAAUCUUACUUUGUGUAAUUGCUGCUGGACUCUGUGUGCCUCGUCCUGUCCUAACAAAUCUAUCCAUUGAAAAAGUGUCACUUUUUACCAACAAAUAUCAUUAAAUCUCCUCUUAUAAACUUGAA